AUGGCGGCUUCAGCGGCUGGCGGUUUGCUGAGCCGCCAGUUGAAGCAGAUGCAGACUGAUAAAGACAUACCUGGGAUCAGCUGUGGCUUGGUGGAUGAUAAUAAUGUGUUUGAGUGGGAAGUCAUGCUCAUGAUAUCCGACGACUGCAAGUUCUACGGCGGAGGAUUCUUCCGCGCAAAGCUCACGUUCCCGCCUGAAUACCCGCAUCGGCCGCCUAAGAUGAAAUUCGAGACUCCCAUGUUCCAUCCCAACGUAUACCCCAACGGUGAAGUAUGCAUAUCGAUCCUCCACCCACCAGAAGAAGAUAAAUACGGCUACGAGUCGGCCGCGGAGCGCUGGUCCCCUGUACAGACGCCGGAAACGAUAUUGCUGAGCGUGAUCAGCAUGCUGUCGAGCCCGAACGACGAGUCGCCCGCAAACGUGGAGGCAGCUAGGCUAUGGCGCGAGGAUCCAAAGGAGUUCAAGAAGUGUGUCCGGAAGUGUGUCCGGGAGAGCUUGGGGGAGGAUUAG